AUGUCGCCGUCGUUUUGCUCCAGCAGAAUCUCCGUCGCUCUCUUCCUCGUUAUCUCCGCCGUUCCGUUAGCUUACAUCAUCUCCUUAGAGCGAGCUCUUCCUUCGACGCAUGUCAUCUCUUACCACAGCUCCGGCUUCUUCCGCGAAUGCGCCAAAUGGGACGAUGUUGGUCGGAGAUUCCUCGUCUCCUUCCUCGACGGAGGUGGAAUCGGAGAGAUUGUUCCUAGAGAUUCCGGCGACGACGUUCUCGAGGAAGUCACUUUAGUCAAAGACGUUGAUCUCGCCGGUAACGCUUCCGCCGGAAUCGUUAUCGACCGUGAUAGAAACCGUCUCCUCGUCGCCGUCGUCGAUGUGCUCGGAAAUCGAUUUAGCGCUUUAGCUGCUUAUGAUUUGUCCACGUGGCGUCGUAUCUUCCUCACAGAGCUUAGCCUCCAUAGUGAAGAGAAAUCGUUUGCAGAUGAUGUAGCGAUUGAUGGAAAAGGCAAUGCUUAUGUUACUGAUGCAAAAGCUAGUAAAAUAUGGAAAGUUGAUGUUAAUGGGAAGUUUGUAUCCACCAUCAAAAGCCCUCUCUUUACACCACCUGGAUGGUACAAUAACCUUGUAGCUCUUAACGGGAUUGUUUAUCAUCCGGACGGGUUCCUUAUCGUCAUCCAUACUUUCUCCGGUUUAUUAUACAAAAUCGACUUAACCGGUGAGGAUGAUAGUAAUAGAGUCAGUGUAAUUGAAGUCACUGGUGGUACAUUGAGGUUUGGAGAUGGGCUUGAGUUGUUGUCUCCGACUAAGAUUGUUGUUGCAGGUAGUCCGUCUGCGAAAUUGGUCGAGAGCUCAGACGGGUGGCGGACGGCUUCUGUUACGGGUUGGUUCAGUAGCGGUAUGGUUCAUCGGAUAGUCUCUGCAGCUACUGUGAAAGAAGGAAGUGUUUAUCUAACACACAUUGUUGGGUUUGGGUCUAAGAAGAGACACAUACUUGUAGAAGCUGUGUUUUAG